CCCUGCUCCGCAAGCACCCGCAGCCGUGCGGCCAUGGCAGAGGAACAGACCGAACUGGAGGAGAGGAUCAUCAUCAAGGACCAGCACACUAAGGAGAUCGACCUGGUGAACAGAGACCCAAAGCACAUAAAUGAGGACGUUGUGAAGGUGGAUUUUGAGGAUGUGAUAGCUGAGCCUGUGGGAACAUACAGCUUUGACGGAGUCUGGAAAACCAGCUACACCACCUUCACCGUCAGCAAGUACUGGUGCUACCGGCUGCUCUCUGCCAUCCUGGGCAUCCCCCUGGCAGUCCUCUGGGGCUUCAUCUUUGCCCUCAUCUCCUUCUGCCACAUCUGGGCAGUGGUGCCCUGCAUCAAGAGCUACCUGAUAGAGAUUCAGUGCAUCAGCCGAAUAUACUCCCUCUGCAUCCACACCUUCUGUGACCCACUCUUUGAGGCUCUCUCCAAGAUGUGCAGCAACAUCAGAGUUGCUCUCCGGAAGGAGUUCUAGGGCCCUACAGCCACCCCAUCCAGCCCU